AUUCAGAUACUCAGAGCUGAGAUCCCUGUUGAACAGACGGAGGUCGCCUUGGUCUCCACAGCCACCCAGUUUAUGUCAGGAAGGGAAGCUGGUGUAUUUCCUCCCCUUCUUUAUCCAAAGGAAGUGCUAAAAUAAGCACCAGUGGUGGAGCGCCCCAGCGCGGACACCUUUUCCACAGGCCACUCACUUGGUGUCUGAGGGAGAAGUCGGAGGGGUUCACAGCCACAGAAUCACCAUGAAGACCGUCAGGGUUCUCGUCCUGCUCCUGCUAGCAUCUGUGCACGUCUUCACACCAGUUUCAUCAGAUGUGAAUUCAACAGCAGUAAGCGUGAUGUCAUCUACAUCUCCACCAGCAGCUCCUACAGAUCCUGUCAACACCACCAUCGCUUCUGAGAACGAAACAAAGUCUCUGUUAACAUCAAAUACGACAACUGUUCAAACAACAGCUAAAGCUCCGAACCAGACUGUGACGGUCUCUACAGCUCCAGAUCUUAACCGGACAGACAAUGGAACUUUGGGUUCUAAACAUUUGCUGCCCAGUUCUCCUCCAACUCCAUCCCCAACCCCACAUGUCCACACUAGGACUGUGACACAGAUCAGCACGAAGGAACCUCAAGGACAAGACGAGAGCACUGAAAAACCAAAGACAAGCAAAGGCGCAACUACCCCUACCCCUCCCCCUACCCCAGGUCAUUUCAAUAUGAGCACACAUGGAACCACUCCACAUCCAAAGGUGCAAUCGGGGGAGAAUGAAAAGGCCACAGAGAAAGGUUCUGGUUCUCAGACCAGUGAGGAGAAGAAACCAGACAAAAGGCUGUGGUGGAUUCUGCUGCCUGUCUGCCUGGUCGGAGCUUUCGCUGCUGCCGUCGUCCUCAAAUACAAAAGCAAGAAGAUCCACAAUCACACAGAAUCCAUUGACACUGGGCUCGAGAACGCAUCGUUCCAGAGCAGACCCGAGAGCACCAAAGACUGCGUCAUGCUCCUCGGCGUGAAGCCGUCAGGCGGAGAAGAAAGUGCUGCUGCGAGAUAAGAAACGAGGGCGAUGAUGUGGCCAGUGGAGAAGUCCCAGCCGUCGCCCACACACUGGCCGCCUGGAGGAGCUGCUGAUGUUUAAUGUUCUUUUGUUUUGUGGGUGAAUUGUGUGGAGCAGAAAGUGUCCAACAGUGUUUCUCCUGUAUGAUUCUGUAAGUUGGGAGCAGCUUUAUGAAGCAGGGCGUGUGACUGUGAUUGUGAAAUCUCAGAAUUAAUCAGUGGGGAUUUUUUGAACUGCACCUCUCUUUGAAACGGUAGCAUAUGCUCAACCUUAACCGCUACACACGUUCUCUGUACAGUGCACGGACCUCAGAUCCACCGCAUGUUUGAUGUAAUGAAUCAUUUCACAGUUGUAUAAUUAUCCUUUGGUCUUUUUGUUACCCUUCAUUUAUUUGCCUUGUAAUUGCAGUAAUAUCAAUUUACGUGGUGGUUUAAUUUUGUUCAACAUUCAAGCAAAGGACUAAGUAAAGCGCAUGAAGAGGAGCGUGUUUAAAACACUGUAGCUGCUUUAUGGCUGGGAUUUGUAGUUCUCAACCUCAGUUUCCUCAAUAAAACACUAAGAUGGC